AUGAGAGACAUCAUAGAGAUGAGAUCUGAUUCUGAAUCAGACUAUGAUCUUCACGGCGACGAUGAGAUAAGUGUAGUUCCACAAGUGGAACUAACGGUGCCUAAAACCGACGAUCCGACUUCACCGACGGUUACAUUCAGGAUGUGGGUUUUGGGCAUAACCGCUUGUGCCGGUCCAACAUUUUCGGAUGCCCCAAGCAAAACUUUUGUUAAAAGAGAUUUGCAUGUUAUGUAUUUUUGA